AUGAAUGCUGAAGAUGCGCUACAUCCGUGGUCUGUCUCGCGUGUUUUCCGUUCUCUUGAAUCCAGACGGGAGAAUCGUGCAGACUUGCUCACCGUUGCAAGUAGUAUUCCUGACGUCGCUUCGCGUACUAUGCUGUCUCCGCUCUUUUCACAUCGCUCGAUUCACCAGUUUGGUCAUUCCCCUGCGUUUGGUACGAUAUCCUCCAUGUGUAAUCAUGCGCUGACGCAGCAGCGGCGCUACGAAGAAGAGAUUCGGAGUGAUGCGUGUGUAAAUGGGCAGGGUAGCAGUGGUGGUGCAGACCAUGAAGUAACGUUCGCUGCCACGAUAACAAGCAGCUGGCUAGAGAAAACUACGGUGAGUCUGGGAGCCGCACUGCUUCCCCUAAUCGGCAAAUCACAGGAGCAUUUACUUACGGCCCUGAAGAAGCGGUUAUGCGACAUCGUUCAGUGUUCGUCUAGUACCAGCAUUAGUGAUAAAAACUCACCUUAUACGUCUAUUCGAAAAACCACAACCAUUUUGAAUCGAAAAAGGGCGGCGGAGAGGGUCGAAAAGGGAAUGACUUUACCUCAACGGUACGUCCUUCCUGUUGGAAUGACUUCUCCAACGAAUGUUGCCCGCAACGUAAGUGCUAACGAAUGUCGUGAGUUGUUGAGUCAACUAAAAAAUACCCCUGUGCCAUUUCAGGUACGCUCACGCGACGAGGUGAAGCUGCAACAGUCCAAACAAAAGGCUUUGGAGGCGAGCAUGACGGUAGUGCUACCCGAGCAUGUUGUUCCACUGCCGCCAUGGAAACGACGAAAAACGGAUUUGGAGGACACUGCAGAAGCCGAAAAUCUUGCCGACCCACCAGUACCGCUUCUGUCCGCAGAGCCGGUCUGCCCUCAAGAGACUCUACAGGACGCGACAUGGGUAAAGGAGGGGGAACUUGUGCUUGUCAAUGGUCGCCUCGUUUACCGUGAAGGAAAGAAACCACGGGAGGGGCCUCCUAAAAAGGAUAAGACAGCAACCCCAAAGCUUGACGACGCGUUAAACCGCACAACUACUUCAAAAACAUCAGCCGUAUCAAAAAAAAGAAAGGCCUCAGUAGAUUCUCCGCGUAAGAGAAAGUACACCAAACAGCAAAGCAGUGUAUAUGCUUCCCCAUCAAAAUUCAAUGUUGUUAGCACACAGAAUGUGCCAUUAAAAACCAGGGAAGAACUUUUGACGCUGGUGAAUGCUCUUCAGAUCUCCGAUGUUCUACGUGGGGCUUUCUUAAUUGGAUUGAAUGAUGACGCUUCAGUUUUGACGGACAAGAGUCCUUGA